AUGGGUAGAAAAAGCCAAAAAAGAAAACGAAAACCACCUCCUUCAAAGAGCAAAACUUACUUAAGAAACGAAGAAUUACUAGAGCUAGACUGGACAAUCAAAGAAAGAGAAAAUAACAAGGGAUAUGUAUGGAUUUCGCCCGCUCCGGAGAGUCGCAAGUUUUUCUCACUUAUUGAUGUCGAGGAAUAUAUAGCUAAAUGUUCRUCUGCAGAACGACAAUGCCAGUCAUCUGAUGAUGAGGACAAAGACUUUAUUCCCUCAGCAGAAUCUGAGAGUGACUAUAUGUCUUCACCAGAGAAGAAAAGCGAAAGAAGACGGUCAUCUUAUGACGAACUGAGAUUCCACACCAACGACCAGUCAACUAGCCAUUAUCAAUGGUACACACCACCUCAAUCUAUUUACGCCAGGGAAUUGCACCGAAAUCCCUAUUUGCAGCCUCAUCUAUACCCAUCUGAUCUGACCUACGAUGACGAUAGCCAAGACAUCAUUCCGCCAACACAACAACUAGUACCUCGUGUUGUGCCACGUAURCCUCCGUCAAAACCUACAACAAACGCUCCACACACUUCAACCCUGUUUUUUCCUACAAGUCAGCCCUCAACAUCUACUUCAGUCACUCAAGCUGAAGAUGACAGCAUUGAGGAAAAGAAAGCAAAAUCGUCUAGUGAAAGGGGCCCAAGAUGGGAUGACGCUCAGACAAGACUGCUUCUCAAUGUGUGGGAAGAAAACUACAAAAACAUUGACAAAAAGCGCAAUAAGAGUGCAUGGGAAGAAAUUGCGAGAGAGCUGAAUUGUGAGUUAACUGCAAAUGGUAUUUUUAACGUCGUGCGAACUGCUUCACAAUGUAAAUCUAAAAUAAAAAACCUCACAGAUGAGUACAAGAGAGUUUGCGACGCAAACGCUAAGUCUGGAAACAGCCGACAAGAUUUCAAAUACUAUGAAGAGGUAAAUAAUGUUCUUGGCUGUCGAGAUAGUUCUAAGCCAGGUCAUAUAGUCGAAGUUGGGUCUAGUGCAGUAGAUGAGAGUGACAAGGUUACUACAGAGAUUGCUUCUGACAACGAUGACGCCACGAGCGCCGUCAACAAAUCACCAAAAUCGACCGGGAAAGGAAAGAAAACAAGAGGACAGAAGAGAAAGAGGGAUGACGAURAUAGCACAACUGAGAUGAUAAGGUAUCUUGAAGAAAGUGAGAAGAGGGAAAGGGAUUUUUUUCUGCGUCUUACAGAAAUGGAGGAGAGACAGCAAGAGAGGAACAUUAAGUUAAUUGCAGAAAUUGCAAAAAUGUUUAAAGAUUAAACGGCAACAAGCUUUAAUUACUUAAAUACAUUUAUUACAAGUUUUCUGAAAAAUGUAUUGCGAAAGACUAUUAUUCUUAUUUAGUACAUCAUUUUAAACA